AUGGCGGGACCCACGAGCACCUCCACUCAUACUUCGGGCGGGAUAGGAGUUGCUCAAUGUCAGGAUCCUCAAUGGCGCGCGUUCGGAGUUUCACUUGUAUUCACUACCGUGCUGUCGCUCUACACAACUUCGUCUGCCCUCUUCUUUGGAUCCGUUUUCACCAGCGUUUUCUUCCAGACGGCUCUUGCAUCAGACCCUCCGGACUCGACAACAUAUGAUGGCGUGAUAUCCGCGGCAACAGGCCGCUUUCUUCCUGCUGCGUUUGUGGCGCUUUUCAUCUAUCAGUACUUCGUCCGAUACACCUUGCGGAAGCUGAAAGCACCGUUCGAAAGGACUUUCUUGUGGCUAGGUGCCUGCUGGAUCGGCGCCAUCGGCAACCAUGCUUUUGAAAAGAUACCCAUUUCACGUCUCACGCCUCACGAUUUACAGCAGCAACCGGGCGCAAUCACAGCGCUGAUUUUGAUAAUACUCUUAAUAGUUGGAAUAGCAGUCUUUCAGACAUGGGCAUUCAGAAUCGAAGGCAGGCUCGCCCGCUACCUCGCUAUAUAUGCCAUUCUUCUAGCGUCAAUCCUCCUACUCCUCGCAAUUCCGCGUCUGAAUCUUCGUAUUCAUCACUACAUUCUAGCUUUGCUUCUGCUGCCUGGAACGACACUGCAGACCCGCCCGAGCCUCCUCUACCAAGGCUUCUUAGUUGGCCUCUUCAUUAAUGGAAUCGGUCGCUGGGGCUUCGACAGCAUCCUUCAGACCGCUACGGCCCUACGGUCAGACGCGAAACUCGGCAGUUUCCUACCAUCGAUCCCAAUCCCACUUAUAACUAGGGAUAACAUAACCUUCUCCCUCGAUUUAGCAAAUGGAUACGACGGUAUCAGCGCGCUAGUCAAUGACGUAGAACGGUUUCGUAGAUUUGAUGAGCGGAGCACGACAUUCACAUGGAGUAGAACGGAGGGGGUCGACGUGGAGUAUUUUCGGUUCGGCUUCGUUAAGUAUGCAAGACUAGGAGGUGUUCUCGUGCAGGACUGCACUAAGGCUGGUGUCUGGAAAGAUACUGGAUGGAUUCAGAUGCAGCCCGGGCCGAGUAAAUAGUCUUGAACGCAAAUCUGAUCCUCUUAUAGAUCUAAUACAUACAGAAACAAAC